UUUAAUCAUCUUAACUAUAUAUAUAUAUAUAUAUAUAUCUCGUGGCGUUUUCUUCGUCCGGUGAUCGAAGAAAAUUUAAAAAAAAAAACCCAGGAAAUCGUCGGUUGUUCUAUAAACGCCCGUCGUCGUCGUCAUCGUCGUCGUCACCCUCAGCGAUCACCAGAUCUAUCUCUCGUGAUAUUUAAAUAAGUAUUAUUGUACAAAGAGACUAUAACAAAUAGACGACACAAUGUCCGUAGACAAAGAGGAAUUGGUGCAGCGCGCGAAGCUCGCCGAACAGGCGGAAAGGUACGAUGAUAUGGCAGCAGCAAUGAAAUCUGUCACCGAGACUGGAGUUGAAUUAUCGAACGAGGAAAGGAACCUACUCUCAGUGGCAUAUAAGAAUGUUGUUGGUGCGAGACGUAGCUCGUGGCGAGUCAUUUCUUCUAUUGAGCAAAAGACCGAGGGCUCCGAACGCAAACAACAGAUGGCCAAGGAGUACCGGGAAAAGGUCGAAAAAGAACUACGUGAGAUCUGCUACGACGUAUUGGGUCUCCUAGACAAGUACCUGAUCCCUAAGGCUAGUAAUGCCGAAAGCAAAGUAUUCUACCUCAAGAUGAAGGGCGAUUAUUACAGGUAUCUCGCAGAAGUAGCAACUGGUGAAACCAGAAACGCUGUGGUAGAUGAUAGCCAGAAGGCGUACCAGGAAGCAUUUGAUAUCAGCAAGUCAAAGAUGCAGCCCACCCAUCCGAUCAGGCUAGGUCUAGCUCUAAAUUUCUCGGUCUUCUAUUACGAGAUCCUCAAUUCACCAGAUAAGGCCUGUCAGCUGGCCAAACAGGCGUUUGACGAUGCGAUCGCGGAACUGGACACAUUAAACGAGGACAGUUACAAAGACUCCACGCUGAUCAUGCAGCUGCUGCGUGACAACCUCACUUUAUGGACCAGUGACACGCAGGGCGACGGGGACGAACCACAGGAGGGCGGCGACAACUAACCUUCCUAAGCUUAAGUCCUUUCUAAUCUAAUAAGAACAUCCUACUCUCCUAUCGUCUCCCCCGUCCCUUUAAACAAAAAAGAAAAAAGAAAAAAAACAAACAAAGAAAACAAAAAACAACAAAAAAGUGCUCACACCACCACCACACCACCCCAUUAUAUUUCCAUCCAUCCCCAACCAACUUACCACCACCACCACCACACCAACUUACCACCAUUCAUUCACACCUGUGUUCUUUUUUUCUUUUUUAAAUCCUCUCUUCUCGCGUUUCCUUCUUCUUCUUCUUCUUCUU